AUGGAAAGGCCCUUUAACGCCAUCUCCCGCACAACCACCCGCCCGCUGCACCCCCACCUGCCAUACCGCACUCAUUGCGGCAUACAUCCAACGCACCCUUCCUCGUGUGGCGGCCUAUUUAAGGCGGAACUCUCACUGACAAUGCAGCCAAACCUUGUGCGCUUGCUCCUGUCAGCUCUCGGACGCGCACUGGUCAGAGUCCUGUUGUCCAUACUGUCCGCGUCUCCUCUGGCAUCACGCCGACUCGUGGGGUCCUUCUCGGCCGAGGUGCAGGGGAUCACUGCUUCACAUAAAGAACUGGUCAAGAGUCAGUGUCAUCAGAAGAAGCAUUUGUUCCACUCCUGGUUCCAGUUUCUGAUCCUGUCUUGUCUUGUGCUCUUAAUCUUGUGUUACACUCUAUCCAACAGCUCUCAGCCAUGGUUUGAGAGCUUUCCACUCCAUAAACACUACCAGCGGAUAUUCAAUCGGACCAAUCAGGUUUAUCGACCUCCUGCUUAUCGUGUCCAUCCAAAACACAGAGUUAAACCAAAUGAAAUUCCUGAAACCACAGGAAUCCCAACUGUACCACCUACAGGUAUUCAGUACCACCAAGCCUAUGCACGCAACUACCACUUUAUUAUGGAUAACAAAGAGGUGUGCAAGACCAAGAUUCCUUUCCUGGUACUGAUGGUUCCAGUGGCACCACAUAACGUGCAAGCUCGGGACGCCAUCCGGGAGACAUGGGGCAAAAACAGUGUGGUUCAGGGUGAGGUGGUGCUUACUCUGUUCUUGCUGGGCUCUUCCGAGGGAGCUAAUGUUGAGCAGCAGCAGGAGAAGCUUAUACAGGAGAAUCUGCAGCACCAUGAUCUGAUCCAGAGUGACUUCAUGGACACUUACCUCAAUCUGACCAUCAAAACCAUGGUGAUUAUGGACUGGCUGGCCACACACUGUCCUGCAGCAGCAUACGCCAUGAAGAUUGACUCAGACAUGUUCCUAAACAUUGACAAUUUAGUGAUCAUGCUACAAAAGCCAGGCAUCCCCAAGCUGAACUACCUGACAGGGAUGCUGAUGUGGAACAGGCCGGUCGUGCGUUCAAAGAGCUCCAAGUGGUAUGUUCCUGAGGAGAUGUACCCAGAAGCCACAUACCCAACCUACACUCUGGGCAUGGGAUAUAUCUUCUCCAACGAUCUUCCAGAGAAAUUUGUGGAGAUCUCAAAAUCAAUCAAACCCUUUAACAUAGAGGAUGCUUACAUUGGAAUGUGUAUGAAAAAACUAGGAUAUGCACCUACAUCACCGCCAAAUCCCUCCCAGUUCAGGGCCUAUAACACAAGAUACGAUCGCUGUGAAUACUCUAAAAUCAUCACUUACAUUCUUGGAUCCUCACAAGAGUUGGUGACAUACUGGACAGACUUAAAGAAGCCUGGACCACCUUGUUAAGAUGAUUACAACUACAGAUGGACUAAGAAAUCACUUGGGUGGCAGGGAAUUGGGAGGGUAACUUAUUUUUAUAUAUUUAUAUUUGCUGUUCUGGUAUAUAAAUAUCAUACAAAAAAAAAAAAAAAAAAAUCAGAAUCGGAUUACCCUUUUGGAAAGGUUUCAAAGAUUUCUGAACAACUGUGGUCUAGUAUUGGUGAACUUUAUUUUUUUUAUUUUUUUAACCUGUUUAUAUUUAAAACUCUUUAGGGUUACCAAUAGAAAAUAUGAAGGGAAUGCUUAUUUGUCCUUUUGUGAAGUAAAGUGGAAAUGUGAAUGACUGAAAUUGAAGGUACCCUGAGGAGCUUUUGACCACUAAUGUCGCUGUACAGCAAGGGUUUGGUGAGCAGUAAUUCUAUUGUUUUAUAUCUUGGUUGUACCUAUGUUUACAAAGGCAGACAUGAAUGCCUCAACCACUGGAGUGCCUACACUUUUUGCUAACUGCAUGUUGCUGCAAGGGGAAAGGAAGACUACUUGAAGAAAAGGAAACAAGCCAUUGACCCCUGGCAGAGAGGAGUGAAAGUUGUUGUUUUACUGUUUAUUUAGCAAAUUAAUGAACAUUUUUCAAAUUAAACUAUUAAAGAAGCCAAACUA